ACUAAUUUAGAACCUUGAUCAUUUGCAGACCAUGUCAGGUUCAAACCUCUACAAUAGUUAAAUUGUAAAGCCAAGAUAUCUUGCUCUUGGAAGGACGCGGCCAAGUUAAUUGACUGUAAGAAUUCAGUAUAAAUUCGCUCCCUGGCUCUACAAAGAGGAUCAAUAUUCCCGAGAAAAUGAAUAACAAGAACAGGGAAGGAAGGAAGAUAAGUUCUCUGAUGCUGAGAUUCUUCUUCCAGAAACUGACAAAGGUUCUAGUGGCGGCAAUGGCAACUAGAGGAACUGCAUUGAGUGAUGAUGAAGAUUCUGAAGUAGCAUCCACUGUGCCAGAAGGACAUUUUACUGUUUUUGCAGUCAAAUAUAAGGAAACUCAGAGGUUUAUUCUUGAGUUGGAGUACUUAAUUAGCUAACCCUGCAUUCUUGAGGCUCCUGGAGCAGGCAGAGGAGGAAUAUGGAUUCAAACAGAAGGGAGUCCUGGCAGUCCCUUGUUGACCAGUGGAAUUACAGAAAAUUCUAGAAGACAAGAGGAAAGUGAGUUCUGGUCUUGGAAACCUGGAUAAAACAUUUUUUUUUUU